UUGUGCUGCGCCAUGGGUCUUCUCUCAAAAGGCACGCCGCUGUCUUGGCCUCGGACCAAGCAGCUCGCAGACCAUGUGAGGGAACACGGUAUCAGGCAGUUCAUCAACCAGUACCAUCAGCUCAAAGGACGCCAGGGGGAUUGCCUCAGGUGGGGGGACGAGUACCGGUACAUUAUCGUACAGAAAAGUUACUACGACCGGAAGGCAAAGUUGCGAAUGAAAGGUAAAGAAGUCCUGCUCACGCUCAGGGCAGGUGACAGCACGGAGCCACAGGAGGUGCGGUCGAAGUGGCACCCGGAAUACGCGGAGUACAUGGUGGAGAGUACACCGGGCCUACCCUACGGGUCGCUGGUGCAGCACUUCAACAUCGUGGAGCACAAUAUGAACUUCCGACGCAGUAAAGUCCAGUCUCUGCUGCAGCCCGAUGAAGUUGUCUUGUCUCUCGCAAACUUCCCGAGGUUGGGCUGCCCUGACUUCACCUUCCCGCCCACCUGGCCAGACCCCAACAGCGGGGCCUCGUGCUCCCUCUUCUUCCCUGACGCGGCGAUCACACAGGGUCUUCCGCGAUCCAAAACGGUGACGAGGAACCUUCGGGAGAGGCGGAAAGAAAAAAUUACAAUAAAUGUCCCCAUUUACGUGGACCUCAAGACCCCUAGGCCCUUCGUGGAGGACCUGGCAAAGUACGGCGACGACGGAAGCUCUGCGGCGGCGGCCAAAGAUAAUCACAUUUACAUGGACGCAUUGGGCUUUGGGAUGGGCUGCUCGUCCCUCCAGAUGACCAUCCAGGCGUGCAACAUUGACGAAGCACGGGUCCUCUACGAUCACCUGACACCCAUCUGCCCGAUCAUGCUGGCCCUCACCGCUGCCAGCCCAAUCUUCCGCGGUUACUUGUCUGACGUGGAUUGCCGAUGGGACAUUAUCGCAGCCUCAGUGGAUUGCCGCACCAGAGAGGAGAAAGGCUUUGAACCCCUCAAGAACGACAAAUUUGUGAUACCCAAAUCUCGCUGUGGUUCCGUGGACUGUUACUUGUCUGAGUUUGGCUCCAGGUACAAUGACAUUCCUAUGGUGUACGACAAGAAGAUUGAACAAAAUUUGCUGGACAGUAAGGUGGACAAGCAGAUGGCCCAGCACAUGGCCCACCUCUUCAUCAGGGACGCCCUCUGUCUUUACUUUGAAAAGAUUCACCAGGACGAUUUGAGGGAGAUGGACCAUUUUGAAAACAUUCAGAGCACAAACUGGCAGUCCAUGCGGUUCAAGGUCCCGCCCAUCAACAGUAACAUAGGCUGGCGGGUGGAAUUCAGGCCGUGCGAGGUUCAGUUGACAGACUUUGAAAAUGCCGCCUUUGGGGUGUUCAUCGUCCUGCUGACCCGAGCCAUUCUCACUUUCAAGCUGAACAUCCUCAUAACAAUCUCCAAGGUUGAAGAGAAUAUGAAGAACUGCCAGAAGCGGAACGCUGUGCUGGAGCAGAAAAUGUGGUUCAGACGAAAUCUUUUCGGCCGCGACGGAAACAAGGCCGACGAUGUUAGUCAGAUGACCGUCAGCGAAAUCAUCAACGGAAAGGGGGACGAGUUUGUGGGUCUGAUACCACUGGUGCGGCAGUAUCUUGGGGCGCUGGACAUGGACGCCAACACAGCUUGCACCAUUAGCCAGUACCUCAGCUUUAUCAGUGCUCGGGCAUCAGGGGCUGCCAUGACCACAGCCACCUGGAUGAGGAACUUUGUCACCACACAUCCGGAGUACAAACAAGACUCUGUGGUGAGUGAUGGUAUCAACUACGACCUCAUCAUAGCCGCCAGCGAGAUAACUCAGGGAAUACGCAACUGUCAGGAGCUGCUGGGCGGGAUACCCAAGACCAAGACGACUGAAGACAUUCCAAAAGCCAUGAAGAAGACCAUACAGAUAACCUGUCUGGACUUGCGCAAGGAUGAGUGA